AAAUGAUGACUUGAGUAUUUUUUCUUCAAAGGUACUUGCUUCUCAUUGUGCAUUUCUAGUUUGGGAUGUGCUUGGCUGCAGCAGCACCUGUAAUGACCAUGUUAAUGCUGUGUAUCUUUUAGCUGCUUACAGAAGCAGUUCAAUGUAAGCAGGACUGUGGUUUCGCACAAUCACUGUACUUCUGCUCUCAGCAAAGAGUGACAUUCCAUUUGGCUUAAAUGGUAUCAGCAGUUUGUCUGUCUGAAUUUCAUCUUGCAUGACUUUCUCUUAUGGUUAUUAAAGGCAGGCUGUGUUUGGGAUAUGGCUGCAUGUCAUCUCUUAUUUGCUCUCUGGACAUGAGUAGCCACGUUAGCGAGGCUGCCCCUGGGUGUGAUGUGGUGUUGUCUGACACAGGGACAGGAGGUGGCCUGAGGCGGUACAUCCCAGGGUACAGAUGGAGUGUCUGCCCACCCUCAUGGAUGCACCAUCAUAUUUCAUUCAGGAAGAAUAUCAAGCAUCACUGGAAAGGUGUACAUCAUGAAGGGUGUACAUCCUUAUCCUUCUGGUGACAUGCUUUGCUAGUACUUACCUCAGGUUGCACCUGAAUAGAGUUAUUUUUGCCUGUGAAGUCUAGAAAUUCAGACCUUUCCAGGCUGAUGAGAGAAGUUGUGAUCACACAAGCAUUUUCAGGUGGCCUGGUAUCAUCUGUUUGCAUCGUGUGCCCUGCUCCAGCACUGGUCUGCGUGUGCCAAAUGAUUCUAGGUCCUUACGCAAAGGUCAGUGAGGUUUCUCAAUGCCACUUCUGUGUCAAGGGUGGGUUUGCUUCAGCAGACUGCUCAUAAAUUAUUGAUUCCAGUGUUACGUAGCAGUGCUGUGAUCAUACCUUCAUACAAACAGCAUCAUACGUUUCUUGCCCUGGUAGUCUUGAUUCAUCUUAGUGUGGAUUUAGAUGCUGACCAAAAUAACGUAACUGAUAGAUGUUGUCUUUGAAAUAUUCUGACUAUAUAAUUGAAGUUAAUUUUAUUAACACUGCAGAUCUUCUCUAUCAUGAUAACUAGGGAAGUUUCUGGGCUGGCUGCAUCAGUUCACUUUCAAGUGAAUGUUGCUUUGACUAUCAGAAGCUUAGACCAAUCCCUUCUAUCAUUUUAAAUGCAUCUAUAUGUUAUGCUGGUGUUGUACUUGACCAGAAUAACACCUUUAAGUCUGGAAUUGAAAAGGCCUGAGCUGCUGAUUAAAGUUAAUGGGCUGUACUUGAAUGACAAUCCCAAAUAAAGAAAACCUGAAUGAAUUCACUUCUUGAUUUGUGAACAGUUUAAAUAACAUAAUUACAGAGGUUGGCAACAGAGCUGGCAUUCCAGGUUUAUCUGCUGUCGGGCUGUGCUUUAAUGUACUUUCUUAAGGCAUGCUCUGUCUCUAAUUUGUAAAAAUGGGAUCCUGGUAUGACUAGUUCUGUAUCUGAGUAUUCCUUAGCCUUCUGUUGUCUCACCUCAUGAUUUUCAUGUAAUGAUUUGGUUUUUUUUUACUCUUUCAUACAUCUGAGGCAUAGCUGAGGCUAUGCUUGUGCUGUCGGCCCCUGAAGGCCUGACCUCCUGGACCCUGUUGUGUCCAGGCUGUGGGACUGGAUGGGAUAACACAGCCCAGAGAGGUGGGAUGUGCAGCCUUGUUCUGUGGUGAAUGAGACCAACCUGGUUUGCUGCAGUGAAAAGGGGAGAUAAGAGGAGGUAAAGCGUAUAUGCUUUCAGCAGCCUUCUGUUAAACUUGGAAUACCAUAGUUCAAGCAAUUGAACAGAUGGAUAAUGGAGACUGGGGAUAUAUGAUGACUGAUCCAGUCACGCUAAAUGUGGGUGGACACAUGUAUACGACAUCCCUCACAACUCUAACGAGAUAUCCUGACUCAAUGCUUGGGGCCAUGUUCAGGGGAGACUUCCCCACUGCCAGGGACUCUCAGGGCAAUUACUUUAUUGACAGAGAUGGACCACUUUUCCGUUAUGUUCUUAACUUUUUAAGGACCUCAGAGCUCACUUUGCCACUGGACUUCAAGGAGUUCGACCUGCUGCGGAAGGAAGCAGACUUCUAUCAGAUUGAACCACUCAUUCAGUGUCUUAAUGACCCCAAACCACUGUAUCCCAUGGAUACCUUUGAGGAGGUGGUGGAACUGUCCAGCACCCGGAAGCUUUCCAAGUACUCCAACCCUGUGGCUGUAAUCAUCACACAGCUCACUAUUACCACAAAAGUCCAUUCAUUACUGGAAGGGAUUUCAAACCACUUCACAAAGUGGAAUAAGCAUAUGAUGGACACCAGGGACUGCCAGGUUUCCUUCACUUUUGGGCCGUGCGAUUACCACCAGGAAGUGUCGCUCAGAGUCCACCUCAUGGAGUAUAUCACAAAGCAAGGCUUCACGAUCAGGAAUACCAGAGUUCAUCAUAUGAGUGAACGGGCCAAUGAGAACACAGUGGAACAUAACUGGACAUUCUGUAGACUGGCAAGGAAAACAGAUGACUGAUUCUGGCUCCCCAGGAGCCACUUCAGUGAUUAGCAACUUCACUGGACAGUAAUCCCAAGAGAGUCUGGGUUUUGACUAAAACGACAGUGUGGGCUUUUUUUUAUACAACUAUUUAUUGUUUCUCAGUAAGGACUGGAGGAGUUUCCUUCUUCAGCAGCUCUGUCCUUUUGUCCUGUUCUGAAAACCGUGCAUGUGCCUGUUCAGUCAAGACACCUUUUUGUUUGAAAGAGGGAGUCUGAAGAAUUAGUCCAAUGGGGUAUUUUAUGUCAUUAACACAAUUCUCUGACUCAAAAGUGCUAAAAUUACCUCUGUUUAAAUGGUUUCUAAUCCAUCUAACGUGGUGACACUGGGAGCAAGAAACAAAAAAGAAUUUAAAAAGCAGCUGGGGAAAAGCUGCUAUCAUGUAGUCUAAUUUAGUUUCUAAAUAAACAAACAGUAUUGUAAUGUUCUAGGGAAACAAAUUCCUCCCUUUUAAAAGUACUUGAUAAGUACAGUUUCUUACAGUUAUGACAACUGUUUCUUUCUAUGCAUAUAAAUCAAGCAACCAAAUAUUAUCUGUAGCCAUGGAAAUAUGAUUAGAAAUAUUUAUAUUGGAUUCUAAAUGCAAAAUGUCCCUGUGGUAGAAUUAAUAUUUUUAAUGCCUGGUGCAAUAUUAUUCCCAAGUGUAAUGCCUGCCAGCAAGAAACUAAUAAAAAUGUGAAAUACAGAAUACUA